UGCCUCCAACCUUGAACUUUUCAGCCCAACACUCCCCCUCCCCCCGCCCCCUUCCCUUUAUAAUCCAGACAUUCUGGUGUCUCUUUCUCUUCCUCUCCUGUUUUCUUCUCUCUUAUCUGUGCUCAUGCCCUUUUUCUCUCCUUUUCUUCCUUCCUUCUUUCCUUUAAUUCACAUCUUAAGACUAAGUUCUCCAGGUCAUGAAAGACCCUUAGUGAAACCUUAGAGACUCUGUUGUCAUUUCCCUGCCCCCAGCCCCACUUCCAGGCUCAGGCCUCCUUCCUAGGUAUUGGGAUUGCUGCUUUGCUGAUUUAGCAAGAACUCAAGGCCACAUGUCACCCCCACCUCCCACCCCCCCACCCCCCACCCCCACCCCCCGCCUUAGGGAAGACAGGAAAAAAAAAAAAGUAAACCACCUGUCAGUGUUUAGCCCUGGAGCAGAACUCUUAGCCGUCCACUUACCUCUGCACCUACGUGCCAGCAGGGGUUGACCUCCCACAGGAAGGGGGGAGGAGACCUUGGGGAAGCUUGGGGGUUCAAUGGCUCCAGUCUGCCUCUGGCUACCUUCAGCCCACACAAACACCAUAUACCCCCUGGGCAGGUGUGUAAGAAGCCCCCUGUGACAAUGAGGACCCCCCAAGCCUGCCUGCUCCACCCUUUCACACCCCCUCAAGGUAAAAGAAAAGCAGCCAGAGAAGGCUGAGCUUCAGGGUAGGAGGGAAGUUGGAGCCUGGCUGGGUUUCUUCUCUGCUGCUCCUCUGGCCGGCCAUGGGAACUUUUAAUCUUUGGACAGAUUACCUAGGUCUGGCAAGACUGGUUGGGGCUCUGCAUGAGGAAGAGGAGCCUGAUGUCAGGCUGGACCCCAAACCAGAGCCCAAGCCAAGCUCAGCAAGCCAGCAAGCCAGCAAGGAAUCCUCAGCAGCUCCAGAACGCCUAUGUUCAUUCUGCAAACACAAUGGCGAGUCUCGUGCGAUCUAUCAGUCCCAUGUCCUGAAGGAUGAGGCAGGGCGGGUGCUGUGUCCCAUCUUGCGAGAUUAUGUGUGUCCCCAGUGUGGGGCCACUCAGGAGCAUGCCCACACUCGACGCUUCUGCCCACUCACCGGCCAGGGCUAUACUUCUGUCUACUGCUACACCACCCGGAAUUCUGCAGGCAAAAAGCUGACCCGGCCUGACAAGGCAAAGACACAGAAUGCUGGCCACCGCCUUGGAGGAGAAGCAGCAGCAGGUUCCAAAAGUGGCAGGAAGCCCCCUGGACCUUCACCCUCGGCCUGCUGUCCCUCCACUACGGCCUAGGAGCUUGGAGUGGGGAGGACCAUGGUGGCACCGUUGUCAGGGGUCUGGACACAGGCAUGCUGGAGACUGGACCUUGCUUAGGAUUGAGGCUGGCCACAGUCUUGUCAGAGGUUACCUUCCCCAACCCUGGCCCUGCUUGUGUUGUUGCCUCAGUGUCUAAUAAAUGCUAAGAAGUGGA